UUCUGGGAGCUGGGCGCCAUGGAGCUGAUUGGGUCCACCCUCACGGCGACGUACGCCCGGCCCAAAACCAGCAGCUUCCUGCCCGCCAUCUCCACCAUGGCCUCUAGCUACAAGAGCCACACCCCUCACUUCGCCCUGAACACGAGUGCCAGCCAGCCCUGGAGGACCGGCGGCUACUACAAGACGGCCAGCGUCGUGCCCACCCUGGUGUCCCUCCAGAGGGCCUCCCCGGACCUGGUGCGGGCCAAGACCAUGUUCUACCCCUCCAACAGGACGGCCCUGUCCACCCGCUACACCCCGGACGACUGGCACAAGUCCAACCAGAGCAACUACCGGGAGUCAGAGUCGACGCGGAACAGCGCCGAGCGGCUGAGGAGGGACACGGUCCGGCUGAUCCAGGACAAGGAGCAGCUGACCCGCCGGACGCAGGAGAGCACCAGCAAGAACAUCGGGGAGCGCAUCAACGACAUCAGCUUCUGGAGGUCGGAGCUCAACCACGAGAUCGAGAACAUGGUGGGGGAGAUCAACGCGUUGUCGGAGGUGAAGAGGAGGCUGGAGCGCGCCCUGGCCGAGACCGAGGGUCCCCUGCAGGUUUCUCAAGAAUGCUUGUAUCACAGAGAGAAGAGGAUGUCCAUUGACCUGGUGCACGACGACGUGGAAAAAGACCUCAUAAAGGAAGUUGAAGUCAUCAAGUCCUGUCAGGCACGGAUGAGGCGACACUUGGACAGAGCCAUCGCCCAGCUUGCGUCCAACAGAGCAGCCCAGCACGAGCUGGAGAAAGACAUCAACGACAAGGUGAGCGCCCACCGCAUCGACGACAGGUGUCACCAGCUCCGGAACACGUCUGACGGAAUCAGUUACUACCGAGGGAUCGAACGCCUGGACCCUUCGGUCUCUCUUCCCGAGUCGUGGUCCAGAUUCACGGACAGCAACAUCCUGCACUCCCAGAGCGAGCGCGCAGCGUCCCAGAAGCUCCGCGAGGAGAUCGAGAUCCUCCUCAACGCCACCUCCAACGAGAUGUGGAACCAGUUCAACGCCGUCAACGUGGCCUUCACCAACCGCAUGUCUGAGACCGCCGACGCCAAGAACAACCUGCAGACCCACCUGGCCAAGACCCUGCAGGAGAUCUUCCAAACCGAGAUGCUUAUCGAAUCCCUAAAGAAGGCUAUCCGGGACAAGGAGAACCCGCUGAAGGUGGCCCAGACCCGGCUGGAGGAAAGAACUCGCAGGCCCAAUGUGGAGCUGUGCCGUGACAACCCCCACCACAGGCUCAUCAGCGAGGUCAGGGAGAUCGAGGACACCAUCCAGAAGCUGAGGGAGAGGCUGCUGGAGGCGGAGAGCGCCCUGCAGACUCUGGUCAAGACCAAGGUGACCCUGGAGCACGACCUGUCCGUCAAGGCCAACUCCCUGUUCCUGGAUCAGGAGAAAUGCAUGGGCAUGAGGAGGAGUUUCCCCAGUGCCCCCCGCCUGGUGGGGUACACGUAG